AUGACCCACCCAAGAUUAUCAAAGUGGUUUUCGGGCUCUGCGUACAUCCCGGUGUCGAACCACGACCGAGAUGAACGAGAUGCCGGUGUGACUUACAAGGACGAAGAGGGGGCGACGACGGAACAGGCUCACCUUGGGUCCUCGUCAAAGCCGGCUUCGAGGGAGAUCACUGCCCCGUCAGGCGUUUUCGCUUCUUUCAAGAAUGCCACGCCUUCCUUGAAAGUCAACGGUCUGAUGCUGUUGGGCAUUCUUUGCUUGUUGGGAUUCAUCAUUGCUCUUGCGGUGCCCUCGGCGCAUCAUUCCCACGCGUCGCUUCGAAGGCCCCCCAAACAACACCCGCAUGGGAUGCAACACCACGAGGCACAAGACAGGCCAAAACAAGUGCCUCAUGUGCCCCAAUGCGGCUCAACACCCGUGGAAGCAAAAACGCGUAGCUGCAUGUUUGAGCAGCAACUCGGGGCCUGGGUGCCUCAAGCCUGCGCUUGGAAGGAGAUUGUUGACGAGUUUCUUGACGUGGUCGGCGACAUAUAUGCCGAGUGGUCCUGGUACUGGGAUGCCGACCUCAAGCGCGAGGUGAAUGCGACCAGCAUCCCGGAGCUACAGAACGGCAACUUCUCGGUCAUCUACACAACCUAUCCCCGAGCACAUGAUCUCCAUUGUUUAUACUGCUGGCGGAAGGUCGAAUAUGCACUCGAGCACGGUGUAGAGUGGAUGGACGCCCGGUGUCAUCAAUUCUGGCACACCAAGCACUGCGUUUCUCUCAUUGCGGAAACAUUGACCGACCAGGCUGAGGAACACCGGGGGUUGACUUAUCCCUUGUUGUAUCACGAUUGUGUACCACUCACUUCGACAAAAGAAUCGUGA